CCGUCUCCCUCUCCUCCCCGGCUUCAUCAUCCUCACCCCCUUCCUCACGAAACAGUAUUCCAAUUUCCGGAAGCAAGUCCCGCCCGAUUGCCAAUCCUCCCCGAACUCCCCCCACGCGAUUCGAUCGGCCGGAAUUGGAGCCGCCGAGCACUUCCGACAUGGCGAAAACUGCUCGCCUCUACCCUCCCAUCGAGCCGUACGACCUGGAGCCCCCGCAGGUGCCUGCCGGGGGCGGCGGCGGUGGCGAGGAGAAGGCUAGGUCUUCCGACCAGCUGGUGAUGUGGGACGAGGAGCCCGACGCGUCGCCCGCCCCUGAAGCGGGCCCCCACAUAUUUGAGCCAGGAGCAAAGGAUCGUCCUCCAAGAAAUUUCAAGGAAGGAAGCCUUGGUGUUGUCAAUGUUUGUGAGUUCAGUGAUGAGAUGACAACCAUGAAAGAAUCUGGAGAAAACAUUUAUGAUAGUUUCCCACUAUGUGAGCAAACAGGCAUGUGGGUGCCUGCUUCUGUGCCACCAAUGACAAAACAUGAUCACGAGGAAUGGCAAAAAGGGUUUGGUUAUAAUAGUGGAUGCUUCCCAGAAGAAGAAUAUCGGUGGGAUAUUGAUGAAGAAAAUUUGGAGAUGACAAUGUGGGAUGUGCUUUCUGAGAUGGUCGUUGCAGGAAGAAAUAGAAUAUUAUCUAUUGCGUCAUUUGAUUUUGGGAGGUAUGGCAUGUCUAUGGUUUCAGAUUUUUUCCUUGAGGAGGCUUUGAAGGAUAAAGCUCAAACACUUGAAGAUAUCAGUGCUGGUUCUGAACAUGCUCUCCUUGAGACAGAACCAACAAAGUGGUUGCCUGAUAGUUCUGCCCCUUCUUGCAUGCUUUGCGGAGCACGUUUUCAUCCAAUAAUUUGCACUCGCCAUCAUUGCCGAUUUUGUGGUGGGAUAUUUUGUGGUGGCUGUUCAAAGGGUAGAAGCUUGAUGCCCCCGAAAUUCAUGACUUCAGAUCCUGAAAGGGUAUGUGAUGUUUGUGGAGUGCGUCUUGAGUGUAUCCAGCCUUAUUUAAUGAAUCGAUUCAGUCGUGCUUGUCAACUUCCAACUCAAGACUUGACAGACCUGAGCACCUUGAGGUCAUGGAUAAACAUCCCAUGGGCAAUCAAAAUGGAGUAUGAAAUCUACAAAGCUGCAAAUUCCAUCUAUGGCUAUUGUAAGGUGGGAGAGCUAAAAGCUGAGAAGUCAAUCCCUGAUUCAAUUCUCAGAGAAGCAAGAGGGCUUGCAAUAAUCACUGAGGUAAAGUUUGGAAUGAUGCUGACGUACAAAAUUGGUACUGGACUAGUUGUUGCUCGCAGAGCUGAUGGUUCUUGGUCCCCUCCUUCUGCCAUCUCUACUUGCGGUCUUGGAUAUGGAGUUCAGGCUGGAGGGGAGUUGGCUGACUACAUUAUUGUUCUUAGGAACACGGAUGCCAUCAAAACUUUCAGUGGAAAUGCACAUAUGUCAAUUGGGGCUGGUAUUAGUGCUUCUGCUGGUCAUCUUGGACGCACGGCAGAGGCUGAUUUCCGUGCUGGUGAUGGUGGUUAUGCUGCCUGCUACACAUAUAGUUGUAGCAAAGGUGCCUUUGUGGGCUGCGCGCUGAAUGGAAGUGUGGUGUCCACUCGAGACUCGGUGAAUGCCCGAUUUUAUGGUGGCCCCGUUAAGGCAUCAGAAAUCCUUCUGGGCUCACUGCCCAGGCCACCUGCUGCAGCCACUCUAUACAAAGCUUUAUCCGUAUUAUUCGAUAAGAUCGAAAAGGAAACCACUUGUCUUUAGUUUCUGCGACACAGUGUACGCCACCUGGUGAAUUGUUUCGGGGUCUUCCCUUUGCCCUCUUUACCUUAAUUCCUAGCUGGUGAUGAAGCAGGUGUACACUUGGCCGUCCAUUGUCACAUCAAACAGAUGUAUUUGGGACCGCAAAACCACUCUGUAAAUGUUGUAAAUAUGGCUGCAUUUCGUGAGAAAAGAAAGGGAAUCCAUUUGUUCA